AUGACGUCCCUUGUGGAUCACUCCGCUCGGGAGACUGUUGGAUUCUCCUUCUCAGAGGCUACAGCUGCUGGUGCUAAGCAACAUGGAUUCUACCCAUACACAGACAAUGGCGGUUCAACCCUGGGCAUCACAGGAUCUGACUUCGCUAUCCUAGCCGGGGACACUCGCUCCACCUCUGGUUACAACAUCAACUCACGGAUGGUCCCCAAGGUCUUCAAGAUUGGUGGUGAUGAAGAGACUGGUGAGGGCGCCAGAAUCAUGCUCUCUGUGGUCGGAUUCGCGGCAGAUGGCACAGCCCUGAAAGAACGACUCGAUGCCAUGGUGAAAAUGUACAAGUACAAGCACGGGAAACCCAUGUCUGUUGCCGCCUGCGCCCAGCGAUUGUCGACAAUCUUAUACGAGAAGCGCUUCUUCCCCUACUAUGUCCACGCGAUUUUGGCUGGUUUGGAUGAGGAGGGCAAGGGAGCAUUGUACAGCUACGACCCGGUGGGCUCAUAUGAGAGAGAGCAAUGUCGCGCUGCCGGUGCCGCUUCCAGUUUGAUCAUGCCUUUCUUGGACAACCAGGUCAAUUUCAAGAAUCAAUACAUCCCCGGGAGCGGAGAGGGACACGCUCUCGUGGCCAGAAAGCCCGAGCCUCUUCCAUUAGAGACUGUCAAGGGUCUCGUACGGGAUGCUUUCACAAGCGCGGUCGAGCGACACAUUGAGGUUGGUGACAAUUUGCAAAUGCUUAUCAUCACCAAGGAUGGGAUCCAGGAGACUUUCCAUCCUCUGAAGAAGGACUAG